CUUAUUCUGCGCAGAGCAUGCGUGUAACCACAAUCUUCAUUUCAAAUUAAGACACCAUGGCAUUAACAACAUCACAAAUAGAAGCAAUUGAGCGUCUAGCACUUAUCAAGUUCCACCAAAUCUUCAAAAUUCCAGCGACGGAAACCCACUCAGAGCUCAAGGUAUCCUAUGCCAUCGCAGGACCAUCAGAUGAGAAUGUACCGACUAUCCUCUUUGUUGCGGGUAUGCUAGGUAUACGAUGGCUGGCAUUUUUGUUUGAUCAUGUGGCAACAGUAGAGGGCGUGAGAAUAAUUUUUAUAGACAGGUGGGUGGUAUUGUCCUUAUUCAGUUGGGUGUUUGGGACUCUAUUUCAUUGUUCGAGUUGAACUGGCCAUUCAAAACGAAGUACUUUGAGCGUAUAUCUGGCUAGCCGAGCAUGUCAAUACCCUCAAUAAGUCUAUUUGCUCUUGGAUUAUGAACCGCAAUAUCAAACAUAGCAGACCACACAUCACCUCCAUUUAAAGUUAUAACAUCGCCCAAACUAAUGUAUCCCUAGACCUGGGUUUGGAGGUUCUACAACCGUCCCACUCCGAGACCGUUUGCCCGUUUAUCUUGAGACUAUUCCUCUUCUCCUCGAUCAUUUGAACAUCAAACAUGUUUCACUUGCAAGUCACAGUGCUGGAACCAUAUACGCUCUCAACAUUAUCGCCCGCCUUCCUCACAUUAUUUGUCCAAGCCGGCCCAGGAUCACUCUGCUUUCUCCAUGGGUCCAUCAAGAUCUCUCAUCGAAAACAUUCCUUCAGGUCGCUUCGAUGCUUCCAAAUAGUGUGAUCAAUCACUGGGGUUCGGUCAUUAAUUUCGUUUUGAACAACGCUACGCCUAUGAUAGCAAGUUCAGGAGGAGUGUUUGCUGCGUUAAAGUCUUCCUUCUUUGCCCCAGGAAUUGCUACAGAAACGCGGAGAGAGAUAGCAGAUCAGAAGAUCCGAGAGAGUUAUGGCGUGUCGAAGGAGACGAAAAAGGAGAUGGAUAAUCUACUAUUUAAGUGGGCAUUUCUAGAAGAUACGACAGGCCUAAAUGAUGAGGCAAGAUUGUGUUUGAAGAAGACAGAUGACUGUAGUUGGGAUGCUUGUGAGGACUACGAAGAGAUGGUCAAAUCUUUGGCAGAAAUGUGGACGCAAAGGGUGGAAAGAAAACAAAGUGCGAUGCUGGAAGUGAAAAUCUACCUUGCUGAAGAUGAUAUCAUGACUGGCGAGAAGGGAAAAGAGUACUUCCGGAAGUGUUGGACCAGUGAGGAUUGGGUUUCAGGAAUUCAAGUAAACUGUGAGCAAUUGGAGGGUACAGAUCAUGACAGCGUGCUAGACCCAUUGACGAGUUUACGAGAGAUUGCGAGAAUGGCAAAGCAAACAUUGGAUUGAGAAGCCUAUUCUGAACCUUACAACGAGUAAGCACUCAAAACGCGGCAGUUGGUGUGCACAUAUCAACGACUGCAAGAUAGAUUAUGGCAUGG